GCUCUGUGUUCGGAGGUGAGAGCCCGUCGCAGAGGAGUCGCCUCGGUCCUGAAACUCUGCCAGAAGCUGCUGCAACAGAGCCAGUCGGGCCCCAUGGCGGAGGUGGGCCCAGAGGCGGAGCAGCACCGGGAGGCCCUGCAGCUGCUGUCAAUCAACCUGGAGAGAAGGUGGGAGGCGAUCGUGAUGCAAGCGCUGCAGUGGAAGAACCGCCUGAAGAGAGAGCUGGGGGAGACGCAGGUUCCUGGAAACGUCUUGGAACCAGGUCUAGUUGACCUCCAUCAGAUCAGCCCUCUCCCACCAGUGGCCCCGCCUCCAGAUGACUCCUGGGAAUGGGAUGAAACUGAUAUGACAAUCACAGAGCCACAAGAAGAAGAAGAUCCUGACCUCAUGCACAACCUCCCCUUCGAACCAAAUCUGCCUUUGGACGGCCAUCUAUCCAAUGGGAAUCAACCCAAUGGGAAUCGUACCAGUGUCACAGCCAAUCAGAGUCAUGAGAUGAUGACCCAUGUGACUCUUCCUCCUAACAACAAUAAGGUAUAUCAGGUGUACAGCCUCCAUAGUGUGGAGUUAUACAGACAGCCUCAGUUUCCUUCUACUUCCUCCAUGUUGCACAAAACCAAAUCAGGGAAACGGAAACAGCACAUUCUGCUGAAGAGCCUGAGUAAGGACUCUUCGUUUUCCUCCAUCGAAUCCCUGCCGGACAUCCUGGGUGGUUUGAUGCCACCAAGCCAAGGAGGAAACGUCGGAUACCGGGAUGGGGAGAGUGGUAGAGGAAGCGGUCAAUCGGCAGGCAGUCGGCGGUCAGAAAGCGAAAGUGGGAUCGUAAGUGAUACCGGAGACACGGAGACGACGACAACAAACUCCGAAAUCCAGGAAGAGGAUCAGGGAGAAGGAGAUGAGGACGAAGAGAAGCAAAGGAAGUAUGAAUCUGUACAAGGAAGUCAUCUGGUUCUGCACAAAGACGGUGGCACCAGGUACAACCACAGAACCAAGAGAGAGGAAAGUAUGAAGGAGAAAGUCUGGAGAAGAGAUGAAAUCAAAAGAAACAGAGAGGACGAUAAGAGGAGGAAGCACAGGAGAGGUGAGGCGGUUGAGAUCUUAAUCAACGGGCGAGGAAUCCUGACUCCUGCAGACUCUGAUUCGGACUUUGAGGUUGGAGGACCUGACUUUACGUCCUGCAGUGACUUCACGGGGUUCAAAGUUGAUCUUAACGGUACAGGAACUCCUCCUGCUCUCCGCCGCCAAACAUCCAGUCCAGUAUUAUCUCAGAGCUCCUCCUUGGAGUCCCUUCUGGCUCUGGGUGGGGAGUUAUUUCCCUCCAAAGACCAGUUGCAUCGUAGCGCCUCUUUGGAGAGUUGCCUGAUACCGUGUCGUAGCGGUGAAGAUACCGGGGGAAGCAUGGCCAGCCUCGGGGAGCUGGAUCUGGGGCACAGCAAAGAGAUAGAAGGAGGUGAACCAGUAAAGGAGAAGAACAACAAAAGUGCGCAAGGAGAACCGUCUUCUGGAGAGCUGAGCCGAAGAACUCUGGAUCUCCUGAAACGUCUGGAGAACAUCCAGAGUCCUCUAGUGGCGAAUAUGACCCGCAGUGUUUCUGACAUGACGCUUCGGAGCAGCUCCAAUCAGAGAAGCAGACUCCCUGCCUCGCCCUCCCUCGGUGGUCGCCACUCCCCCCUUUCUGGGAUUUUAAGAUCUUCAAGGAAAGGACCGCCAUCCCUGAUCAACGAGAGCUCUGCAACAGCAUCUCUGACGGAGCUGAGCAGCAACGAAGACUCUUCUUUAGGGUCCGAGGAUUGUGCCAUGCUCAGAAAUCAACGCCAUCUCUUCCUGGAUCCCACAAUGGCCCCCAACGCCAACUCGGGACCCUGCUGUUACAGGAAACAAUGCCAGGGGCACGGCCGAGGAGCGCAAGGGAUGGACGAAGCAGAUGCGGCGAGUUUGAGUCUUGUCGUGAACGUCUCCUGUAAGUCAGCGUGCACAGAUGAAGACGAGGACGACAGCGACCUUCUGUCUUCCUCCACGCUCACACUCACUGAGGAGGAGCUGGGCGUUCGCGAUGAAGAGGACGAAGAAGAAGGGGAGAGGUUGAGCGGUGCAUCGUCUGGUAACGAUGAUGACGAAGAGGAGAUGGAGGGGUCGUACGUUCUGGGGCUGGAGUACAUGAAGAGGGAGCUGCAGAGUUGGUUCCGAUUUCCCCGAACGUCCUCAUCUUCCUCCUGCUCUAAGACAGAGGCAGGCCUCCGGGAUGAGCUGCAGUGUGGGACCAACCUCACCUCCGCGCAAAACAGAGAGCAGCACUGCUUCCAGAACCGCUCCAAAUGUGUAGAGAACAACACCAAUAGCAGCAACAACAAAACGAAAAGAGACAACACGGACGAGGAAGAAGAGGAGAAGAAUCGUAGGAACGCCACAAGGAGCUACAUCAGCCAGUUUGUUGACGACGUGGAGAACGGAAACGUGGACCAGAGCAGUCUGAAAGGGAAAGAUGAGGAUGACGAGCUCCUUAGAGAGGAGUCCAGUGUGUUCACAAAGAAAGGCGAGUCACUGAGGGAGUCUUACAUGUUCGCCAACACAGAGGAGGCAGACCAGGAUGUUGGCGACUGGAUGAAAGCAGAAGCCACGAAGCAGCUUCCUCCGUCACCGUCCUGCGACCUCAAUCCCUUCCUGUCCAAGCAUGCUUCCUCUUUAGUCGGACAACUGAGAGGGGAGCUGCCCUGUCAAAGCUCCUCCAUCCCAACGCCUCCUUCCCUUUCUCCUGUUGAGAACUGCAUAUCCCAGGAUGCCUUGCACAACAGCAGGCCAGAAACCAAGGGGCGGAAAGCCAUCACCAGUCAGGAGAAGUUCAAGUUCUCGUCUUUCGUGACGGAGGAAACGAAGAGGGAAGUUCGAGACAAGGAGUCGUCCCGGCCUCCUAAAAAACGGCACAAUUCUCACUCGUCCGGCUGCAACCACCUGCCCUCUUCCCUCCAUCCGUGCAGUGAAGAGGAGGGAACGACAGACAACGUGCAUGACUUCGUAAGGGAGAUUAUUGACAUGACUUCAUUGGCGUUGAAGAGCAAAGAGAACCAGUCGGAAGAACCGAACCAGAAUGACGGUCGGUCCAUCCGAGACCAAAGUCCUGCAUCUUCAAAGAUCAGAAACAAGAUCCUCGAACACUCCCACCGGCCUCUCCACCUUCGUAAGGGAGACUUCUACUCCUACCUGUCUCUCUCCUCUCACGACAGCGACUGUGGCGAGGUCAGCGAAUGCUCCGAGGACAGGAACUCCUCUCCGACUCCGUACAACAUCCCGUCGUACGUGACGCCGACACAAGGCCUCCACAGCCCCGACCUGUUCACCAGCACCAGGCAGCAGAUGUCCAACUCAGCCCCGUCUUCCAGGCAAACGUCGCCCGCCUUUGAAUCGAGGCAAAACUUCUGUGCUCUGGAUUUGAAGUCGGGAAGCCCUUCGAUAUCUCUGCCUGCUAGCCCGGAGUUUAGAGACGAGGAGACGCUGUUUUCCGCCUGUACGGAGGAGGUGUACCUGGGCCCGCCUCUCUGCUACAGCAUGGAGCUCACAAAGAAACCACAGCGCUUCCUACUGAAGGAGCACCUGGACUUUCUACCCUCUUUGGACUACGAUUUGAACAGUGUAGCUAGCUUGCCUCGUUCACAACAACUCAACGACAAACCAGGUGAUAGUCAGAUGUCUCCCUCAAAAGAUAGAGACCACCUGUACUUCCAACGAUCCACAGAGGAAACUUUCUCUUCCAUCCUGGAUCCUUUUCAUUGCUCUCUUUCCAGCUACUCCUCUCUCCAGGGGCCCGGCUCCAAACCAAAAGCCGACAACCCUUCCUCCCUUCCUCUCACCGGGGACAGGAAGCGAGGUGAGGACCCGAACCUCCUCUGUGAUAUCGCUGGAGGAGGAGAAGAAGUCGUGGCCAAUACGAGUGUCAUCUUGCCGCGAGAGGAACGGAGUCGUAAUGAGGGCUCUCCUUAUCUUAAUCCCCGGGUGCGUGUCGGCCCGAUAGACUCCUCCGCAGACGAAUGUUUGGCAGAUACUAAAACGCUCAAAUCCAAUAUGGGCGCCGUAAUGACCAAGAUAAGUGUCUGCGGCUCCGCUACAAAUCCCUCAAAAGAGCCAGCCACCGCCACCACCACGCGUAUUAAUCCCAAAAUUAACCGCUCGCUGAUGAAAGAGGCAGAUAGGGAGGAGGGGGAGAGGCGAGGAGAGGUGGAGACUCAACGGGUGAGGAGAGGGAGGAACGGCUCGCAGCAGGAAGGGAAAACAGUGACGGAGAAACAGCCAGCUGUCAAUCAAACCACCAGAACAGCUCAAAGCUCAGUGAGACCGCCCACCUCCAGGACCCGGACCGUCUCAAGACUUCCAGUGAUGGGAUCAGGGACCUCCAGGAUCCAGAUGUAAGAAGGGGGUCUUCCUCCUUCUCCUCCCCGAUGAAGUGAUCUCUUUCCUGGCCUCGUUUCUCCGCCCCCCCCUCUCUGAUCCUGGAGCCUCGCCCUCUGAACUCCCAAAAUCUCACUGCUGUAACUGAACGGAUCAUUAAGAAACUGGGGUUAUAUCUCACAGCACAGUGAUACUGGGUCUGAUUUAUGAAGCAUUUUUUAGGGUUUGGCUGUGUAUAUGUUUUAGUCUGUGGGCAAUAUAAGAGCUCAGAGAAAAACAAUGUGGUGAAAAUACAACCAAGAAGCAUUGAAAUGUGAUUUAAAAUUGAUUGUUUGCAUUAAAUAGGGGAUAAUAUGCUGUAUUGAGUGGACGAUUCAACAGUUUCCGGAUGAAUUGAAGGCAGAGAAGUUGUGAAAAUCACUGAAAAGGACUUGAUUAGUUUUUAGCAGCUGUAGAGAUAUAUUUAACAUAUGAGUCACAUGUUUUUAUUACAUACAAUUAGACUGAACAGGGGGAAAAAAUGUGCUUUAUUUCUACUCUUGUUCACACUUCUUCCUCUGCUCAUGUCUUCUGGAUGUACUUCAGUAUUGUUCUGCCACUGAAAUCCAUCUUCAGUCAGUGUGCAUGACUUCCUGCAGUUGUGUACACCUUGUUAUCUUUCACACACGGCACAAGUAGCAUGCAACUUCCUAACACAUAACACCUGGUGUUUGUCUAGAGAUGAUGUCAGUGUUCAUUAUCUGUGGCUGUGAGAAACUACUUAGAUUUGUUUUGCCAUCCUGUGACUUAUAAACUUAGGGCUGUGCGAUUAUGGAAAAAAUCAUAAUCACGAUUAUGUUGGUCAAUAAUUGAUAUCACGAUUAUUAAA